CCUACAAAUUUGCAGUUGUCACUUUGACAACUAUUUCGUCAACAAACAAUGAUGAUUCUUUUGAUUAAUCUAUCACUUUCUAUUUUAAUGUGAUCUUGUUAUAACUGACAGAAAUUGUAAAAGCAAUUGAUGGCUUGGUUACAAAAUCUGACUGGUCAAGCUGAAAAAUUUUUAAAUAAAAUUGACCAGAAAGCUGCUAAUGUUUUGAAUGAAACUAAUCCUAAACCCAGAUCUAGCCCACAACAUUUGUUAGAGCACUCCAUUUCAAUUCCCGAAACAUACAACAGUUUUGAAAAUGAUCUAUUGAUCGAUAACAGUCCAUUUGAACAUUCUAAAUUAACACUAGAAUUCCAAGAAACCACGAAUCAGGAUGUAGUCGACAAGUUAGAAGAACCAGAAGAAAAUCCAACAGAUGAAGUUCAUUCGAAAGAGACUGAAGUGCUCCUUGAAGGCAGAGAGAAAAAUUCAUCAGUAUCUUCUAAAUGUGAAUCAGUGCUGCAGAGCUUUAGUUCUGCAGAGGAUAUACAGCGAUACUUGGAGAGAAUAUCGAAACUUGAAUUUGAGAAUGAUGAUUUGAGUAAGCAAUUGCUUAAUGUGCAGCAUUUGUAUUCGGAAAUACGUAAUGAAAAUUCAAUUCUCAAAAGUAAUUUAGAGAGAGCUAAUGAAGCAGUAAAUUCUGCUGAGAUGGAAAUGGAACAAUAUAAAGCUAGAGCACACAGAAUAUUACAGGAAAAGGAAAGAAUUAUUUGUUUGAAACCCGGUGAUACUGCUCUGGAUAAUGUAGAGGAAAAUAUUUAUAGAAGUUACAAUGAGGAACUGAAGAAUGAACUAAAGUUUCAAAAAGAUAAAAAUGAUGAAAUGAAAGAUAAAAUUGGCAGCUUGGUAUCUGAAUUGAAAUCCCUGCAGCAACAGUAUGUGGUGAUGCAAAAUAUGCUUCAACAGACAAAUCAAAAACUGGAAACUGAGCUUUAUAAUGAGAGGAGAGUGUUAAAAUCUGUUGAUGAAGAAUUGAGAUUGAAAUCACAAGAAUUGAAUAACAUGAAUCAGGAGUUGGUGAGGAAAAAUUAUGACUUAUCAGUGAAGAAUGAAGAGAUAGAACAGUUGAAAUCUCACUUGAAGCAGUGCUCAUCUGCAGUUAAUGAUGAAGAACUAGAAGAUAGAAUAAAGAACCUUACCCAGACAUUGAUGAUCAAGCAGAACAAGAUAGAGGCUAUAACUUCUGAGAGGAAUGCUUUAAGAAUACAGUUAGAAAAACUAGAGAAUGAAUAUCACAGAAAUCUAGCUAUUGCCAGAAGUAUCCAACAAAAAGUGGUUAGUGUCAAUGAUACAGAUGAUGUUAAACUGCAAGUGCCACAAACCGUAAGAGUCUCCCCCUUGGACGCUGGAGUUACCAGAAGGGUGAAACAUGCUUAUUCAUCCUUAGAUGCUCUAAGUAUCAGAACAGGCGUCUUUCUCAGAAGAUAUCCAGGAAUAAGGGUCUCAGUUUUCUGUUAUAUGAUUUUCCUUCAUUUGUGGGUACUUGUGAUUUUAUUCAAUUACGCGCCUUCGACAAGAGGUGAUUGUUUAUAAUUAAUUAAGUAUUUAUCUGUUGAUAUAUUUAAAGUUCGUUGGAAUUAUUAUUUUAUCAAUAAAAUACUGAAAUGA